GGGAAUUGCGCACGACCAUGCGGCCACAUCGAUUGCUCGCUUUGCUCGCAGCAAUUCGGACUGCUCGCGUCUCCUCGAACGUUCUGAUAUAUAAGCGCACUCCGUCAUCCCUCGCUCUCACAUCCCGCCGCGCUCUCACCGCCACUUCUAUAUCUUCCGCCGCGCUUUACAGCACAUCCGCUAUGACCCAGCCGACCCCGUUCUACGACCUUAAGACUCAACAGCCCGAUGGCAAGACUUACGAUUUCGAGCAGCUGAAGGGAAAAGUCGUUUUGAUCGUGAAUGUCGCCUCCAAGUGUGGUUUCACGCCACAGUACAAGGGCCUCGAGGCACUGCACAAGAAGUACAAGGAUCAAGGUCUUGUGAUCCUCGGAUUCCCCUGCAACCAGUUUGGCGGCCAGGAGCCAGGCACCGAUCAAGAGGUCGCAGAUUUCUGCGAGGUAAAUUACGGUGUGACGUUCCCCCUCAUGGCGAAGUCGGACGUGAACGGCGAGAACGUGAAUGAGGUCUACAAGUACCUCAAGGAGCAGAAGUCGGGUCUUCUCGGCUUGACGCGCAUCAAGUGGAAUUUUGAAAAGUUUUUGGUCGACAAGGAGGGCAAUGUCGUCAACCGAUGGGCGUCAACGACUUCGCCAGAGGCCAUUGACGCGGAAAUCGCUAAGCUGCUGUGACUGCACGAUGGCCCGAAGAUAGAUAGAGCACAUGCUAAACUGUAACACUAUCGUCCUAUUUCAAUCUCGCUGGAGUCGUCCAGCGAGCAUAUUUGGG